AUGUUGCUCCUGCUCCUCGCCGCACCGCUCGUCCUCUUCAUCAUCUACCGCCUCACAAAUUGGACCCGCCACUACCUCGCUGCCCGGCAGUUCGAUCUCCCAAUCAUCCCCAUUCCCAUCGCCUUCGACGAUGUCUGGUGGCUCCCCCUCCGCCCCCUCUUCAGCUGGGUGCAACACCUGCCCCUCGGUCUCGGCUCCUGGUAUGUUUACACCGAAAUGGGCUGGCCCAUCGUCGACGAGAAUCGCACGAGUCUGCGUCUUGGGGAGAACUUUGUGUUGUGUUCCCCAAAUGGUAACACCAUCGUCUCAUGCUACAUGCCCACCAUCAAUCAGAUUUUCAUGGAUCACAAGAACUGGGGCAUGCCACCCGCUCAAAGCCAGCUGUUUGCAGUGUACGGGCAGAACGUGAGCAGUACGCAUGGGGAGGAAUGGAAAAGGCAUCGGAAGAUCACGGCGGGCGCGUUUACGGAGGGGGCGAUGGAGGGGGUUUGGGAGGAGAGUAAGCGGCGGGUGAGGGGGACGGAGUUUGGGAGUGGAGCGCUGAGCUUGGACGGAGUCCGGAAUACGUUCAAUGUCGUGGCGAUGCAUGUGCUGGCGAACGUGGCGUUUGGGCAGGAUACGGAGCUGGAGACUGUGGGGCAGGGGCAUCGGGAUUCGUUGAUGGGGUGUUUGGGGACGAUAUUGCAGAAUAUUCUGUUGACGUUGGUGUUCAGUAGUGUGCCGGGGCCGGAGUGGAUGUUGCCGCGGACGUUGAGGAGGUUGAAGGCUGCGGUGGCGGAGUUUCGGCUGUAUAUGGAGGAAUUCAUUUUGCGGGAUAUGCAGAGUGGGAAGGCGGGUUCGGUGGGGAAGAAGAAGAGUCUGCUUUCGGCGAUGGUGCAGGCGAAUGAGGCUGAGAAGCAUGGAAUGGUUAAGGCUGGUGGACGGCCGUCGUUCCUGACGGAGUCGGAGCUGUACGGGAAUCUGUUUGUGUUCAAUCUUGCUGGGUACGAGACGACUGCAUCGACUUUCACCUUUGCAUUGUCGUACCUGGCUUUGCACCCGGAAGUGCAAGCGUGGAUCUUGGAGGAGCUCGACGCGCACUACGAUCCCGCCUCGCCGUACGCGGAGACAUACCCGAAGCUCGUCCGCUGCCUCGCAGUCAUGUACGAGACUCUGCGCCUUGCGGGCCCUGCACCGCUUCUCGUUCGGCAGCCCGUCGACACACCGCAAGAAGUGGAAGUGCUUUCGCGCCACGGGCCUAAAACAGUCGUCGUUCCGCCUGAGACUUUGAUCGGCGGGCACUUCUACGGCGGCCAUCUAUCGCCGAAAUGGGGCAGUGACGCGCUCGAGUUCAAUCCGAAACGCUUCAUCGAUACUGCCGCAUCUGGAGGCGAGACUCUGGCUGUGCCUGACGACAGAAUGUACAUGCCGUGGAUCUUCGGGCCUCGUGUUUGCCCUGGGAAGAAAUUCAGUCAGGUCGAAUUCGUUGGCAUUGUUGCCCAGCUGUUGAUGGAUCAUCGGAUUGAAGUCGAUUGCAGGGCGGGUGAGUCGGAGUCGGAUGCGCGAGGAAGACUGCGUGGAGUUCUUGCGGAGAAGUACUUCAACGUCAGUGCCUAUGUGAAGCACCCGCAUGCGGCUGGUGUGAGGCUUGUGCGGCGGAGCAAGAGUGGUUGA